CCAUCUUCCCGGCGGCGGCGGCGGCGGCGGUUCUGAGGCGGUUCUGAGGCGAGCGCGCGCGCGCGCGGAGAAGGGCGGCGGGGCGGGCGGGCCUCGGGCGGCCGCGGCCACCGGGUCAUCGUCUCGGAUCCGCCGCGUGCGGCCUGCGGAAGGGGCAGCAGCAUGUCCGCGGAGGCCUCGGAGGCGGCGUCCGCCGAGGAGCAGAAGGAAAUGGAAGAUAAAGUAACUAGUCCAGAGAAAGCUGAAGAAGCAAAAUUAAAAGCAAGAUACCCUCAUCUAGGACAAAAACCUGGAGGUUCAGAUUUCUUAAGGAAACGAUUACAGAAAGGGCAAAAAUAUUUUGAUUCUGGGGAUUAUAACAUGGCUAAGGCAAAGAUGAAGAACAAGCAACUUCCUGCUGCAGCAACCCCGGACAAGGCCGAGGUCACUGGUGACCACAUCCCCACCCCACAGGACCUUCCUCAGCGGAAACCGUCUCUCGUUGCUAGCAAGCUGGCUGGCUGAUUAAAAGAGCUGAACUGCAUGAACCUCAUUCCUAUUGUUUCUUUUUUGACGUUAUUUCUCUUUUUAUUUCCUUUUAUUCACUAAGUCAUUUGAGAGUGACAGUUUCAUAGGUAGUGGUAGUGCGUGUGCUGCUAUAUAAGGGAAUAUACACGUGUCAGGUCGAUUAGUUUAACAGUGCACUGAUGGAAAAGGGUAUGUUAGCAACGUGAAGUAAGCUACUGGCGAGUAAUUGUAUAUAUUCCCUAGCUCCUAGUCUAGGACUGGUUCCAACAAACAAUAAGCAAGUUUUACAGUUCUAAUAUUUUGGCUUUCUUCUUUAUCUUAGUAAUAACUUUAUAUGUUACUCUUAUCUAAUAUAACCUGUACGGCAUUGAUUUCUUAUGUAAUUUCCUUUUGAAUUUUUGUAAAGACAAGAAAGAAAAAGAACAAAAAGCAAGUUUAAGACCACAAGUUGGAAGAAAGGUCACAUAUUUCAAAUCUAAAUAGAUGGGACUCUGAAACAUUUCUAUCUCUGUGCUUGAACUUGAAUGGCCUUAAACCUGUUUCAGCUUUAACAGUAGAAUUUUACUUGGGCAAUAUUUGCCCUCUGGUGUAACUUAGUCACUCCAGUGCUUCACAGCUGCCAUCGAGGCUCGUAUUCUUCAGUUGUGUAGGCUAGAACACCUUUUGUUGUUGACCAUGUGAAUGAAGUGUGCAUGUGCAUCGACUGUUGAAUCCACUUUGUGCCAUUCUUGUAAAUACAGUGGUUUUGCACAACCUCCCACAAAUACCUGUAUUAAUUUCACAUUAGAAUAUAGGUGAUGUGCCAACCAGAAGCACAAGAGUUCCCACACUAAACUAUGUCAUUAGAGCUUUUGUAUGUCACGAGCAGUUCAUGGACAGUCUCGGGCUUGUAGAAUAUGCCAGACUCCAACCUGCUCUGUCUGCGGCAGGCAAGCUUUCCCGUUUGUCACUGCUGUCCGUGAGAGUCAGUGGCCUUGUGCAAAUAGGAUAUGUUGCUUAGGCAUAUCUUUUGUCUAUGCAGAACAUCUCAACUUUAAUGAAAAUUCCCAUUCAUGUAAUUUAAUGUGUAACUUUUUAAAUGUAAAAUCUUUUACUUCCACAGUCAGUUUUGGGACUCCAGAAUAAAGAGCUUCCAUAUUCUCCUCCUGUGGUCCCCUCCGUUUUCCUGGCUGCUUGCCCUUGAGUCGUGGUGGGCUGCACUGCUGGGUCUGCGGGAAGCAUAGAUGCGGACAGCCUUCGGACAGCGGCCUCUGCCGAAUGCUGUUGCUUUGUAACACAGUGAUGAAGUUCUAAUUUCUGUUGUUACCUACUCUUGAUCCUGUAUUACUAAUAUUUAACAACUGUUUAAAUAAAAGUAACUUUAUAGUGAAACACAUUUAAGAAGACUGGCCUGGGAUAUUAUGUAAUUAUGAGACAAAGUGAAUUAGGCUUGUGACAAGUAACCACAUGAUAGGUGGGAUAUAUACAUAUUAAAAUACUAAGAUAUUUUGCUUCUAUAUAUGUCACUUUAUUUUAUCUGAUUUGGGGGAUGGGGAUGGGAUUGGGCCACAUCUGGCUAUGCGAAGGCUUACUCGUGGUCCAGUGGCUCAGAACACUCCUGGCUGAGCUCCGGGGACCAUCGGGGUUGCCCGGGAUUGAAUCUGGGUCAGCCAUGUGCAAGGGAAGCCCCCUACCCACUGUAGGACCUUUGCAGCCCCAAGAGAUGUCACUUAAAUAAAAAUAAAUUUCAUUUUACUUGUG